AUGGACAUUCUUAAUAACGAAUCUACUGGGCAGCCUUCCACACCAGAUCCACAAUGUUCAAUUUGUUUGAAUGAAUUAAACAAUAAAUGUUACACUAAUGCAUGUGAACAUUUAUUUUGUUUUGAUUGUUUACAACGAUGGUCAAAUACAUGCUUAGAACAAUGUUCAAUUUCAGAUCCAACUUGCCCAUUAUGUAAGCAAACUUUCAGAUACAUUUAUCAUUCAUUUGAUGAUCUAGGCAUCUUUGAAACAUAUACUGUUCCUACACUACCGAGUCCAAGCCCAGCAAAUGAACAAGAAUUUAGGCAAAUAGCAUUUAGUAACAGAAUGAUCGUGCCAAUUCUUAUAUAUAUGAAUCGUCAAAACCACACAAGAAUGAGUACCAUACGGAGGGAAAUAAAGUUGGACGAAUUGGGCAACAAUUAUCGUCAAUUAAAUCAUCACUCGCCUCGGAACUUUAUAUUCAGAAAUCCUACUUCAUUAAUGUUUGGUAUUGAUGAUAAUUUUGUUAAGUGA